AUGGGAAACAUUUGUUGUAAAAAUCAAGAGGAUGAUGAAAGUGAUCACCUUACACCAAACGAGACAACACUUCUGCUUCCUCCGAACCACACUCAGCCUGUAAAUUCCACUGAAAAAAGUGUCACAUCUGUUGAACCACAAAAGACGUCACCUGAACCAAAUCCGUUUGCUGAAAUGACAACGAUCGUAGAAAAUAUGUUCCCGAAAUUAAUUGAUGUUAUUGAAUGGGAAAAGAAUCCACCAGUCGUACAGUCUACACUAUCUAAUGAUGAUGGUAGUUUUUCAUCAUCAACGCGACAAGAUGGUGAACAUAAUGCAAAAUUGAUUAAAACGCUACAGACACUUAUGCAAAAGAAAAAUUAUAAUUUAGUCAAUAACACACUAAUCAGUAACAAUACCAGUUCUACAUCAUUGUCUUCUUCGUCUUCAGCCAUUUUGCCUGAUUGUGGUUCCACAACAUUGGUCAGCGUUUUAUCAGCUAAACCUGUUUCGCAAGAACUCUGCCACUAUGUGUCAACAAUGGUUGAAGAUAUUAAUCGACUUAUUAUAGAUGAUAUCAAAAUUCUACAUAAAGAAGAUUUAGUGGUCACUUUUGAAUGA